GUCGGUCUUUAAUAAUACCUCGUCAGUGAUCGUUUCUAUAUAUGGUAGAAGAAUCAAUAAAAAUAAAAAAUAAUAUAAAAGUAAAGAGCAGUACAAAAUACUGUUUAUUGUUUUUUAAAUGUUAAUUUUUAUAGUUUAUCAAGGACGAAAAAUUUCUGAACUAUGGCUGCUUCAACUGAUGUUGCUACAAUCAGAGCACAGAGAUAUUUAAAUGAGCCAUUGGUAGAACGAUGCAGAGAUCUAGCUAUAUUGAUAGAAGAGUCAAGUACCACUGAACUGCAACUUGUCUUCCCUCUUCUGAUAGACUCUUUAUUUGGAAUAGUAGAUAAUGUCGGAUGGAAUCUGCAUAGUAUCACAUCUAAGAAUCCACAAGAGUACGAUGCACUGUACAACUUCCUUAGUCCACAAGGCCCGAUGUUUUCAUUAUGCUACAAAUUACUUCCGGACUGUUACUUGAAGUAUAACUUUCCAACAUCAUAUCUUCCAUCAAAAAUACGCUCCAUGUUGGAAGAAGGAGUAAUAUCACCAUUUUAUCUCGAUAAAAUUAGAGAUGAUCAAGGAACGCGAGUUCCUUCAGCCUUAUCUAUGAAUCCCUUUGAAUAUUUUAUUUUUCAUUUUGCGUACCAUCUGACCAAUCCCUGGUUACAACUGCAACAGUCGGAGAAUGUAUGGGCGAAUUGGGAAACUGUUUACUUUCAAUUAGCACAUCGUUAUUUAUAUCAUUUCCUUCCAAAAGAUAACGCCAUCGUUUUACCAAUGAUUGGACCGUAUGUCAAGAAAACUCCGUCAAGAAAAUUGACUCAGUCACCAGAAUUCAGAAGAGAUUGUCAACGACUACAAACUCCGAGACUUCUAAGAACGUCCAUAUUAUCACCAGGAACGACUACUCCUGGAUCAGGUGUGCCGCAACAGCAAUGCUUACCGCAAGUAUGGAGAAGUGAGACUGUAGUACAGGUUUUUCUCGACUUUUGGUUGGAGUAUACAGAAAGUGAGCAAUUAACUUCCCAGUUGAAUACAUCCUACUUAACUUCAAUUCCACGGAGACAUAGCCUACAUUCUGGUGAACAUAUACGCCUUGUAAGAGCAUUUAUAAAAACGCUGCAUGAAUUUACGAAUAGCGCAACAGGUGACAAGAGUGCUAUGGAUGAAUUGAAGAGAAUAAUUCUUCCUUCAGUUCAAGGAAAGAUAUAUACGUUUUUGCGAAAAGCAAUAUAUCAUUGGCCAUUGGACAGCUCGUUUAGAUUAAUAUUGGAAGCUUGGUUGAGUUUUAUUCAACCAUGGAGAUAUGUUCCAGGAGUAACAUAUACUAAAGAAGGUAAAAUAGAAGAAGAGGAAAGAGGUAAAAUUCAUGAUCCUGGAAGAUGGAUUUCUUUCGUUGCCAAUAAUCUGUUAGCAUACACAGCUAUAUUUCAACAGUUACUUCCACGAUUUAUGAGAAUCGAUUUAGUAGCACCUAAGAAUGCACUGAUGUUAUUCAGAGUUACAAAGGUAUUUUCGCAACCAUAUUUAGCAAAAAUGAUAUGUGAAGUGGAAAGUUGCAUGGACGAUGUGGGCUUAAGCAAAGGUAGACUAACUACCAAUCAAUGGACGUCGAUUGUUAGGCAACAGAUUCUCGAGCUAGAAGGACCAACAUAUCAAUACAUGCCUAUGUUUUCGUCAGCCAUCACUUUGCAGGUUGUAUGGUUCUUAAGCACCAUUAAACAAGCGCAUUUAACGGCAACCAGUUUGGUCGAAGCUCUGGAAAACAGAAGAAGGGGAAAGCGCUUCUUGCUGUCUUUAUGGGAAUUUAUUAAUUGCGAAGAUUAUUCCUCGGAUGAUAUCAGCAUAGAAGAACGACGAAGAGUUCCUUUACUUUUGGCUACUUCUCAGCAGCAGUUAAUAGAUAUAUUUCAAAUUAAACUCGAAGACAUUCCACAGGAUGCUAUAGUGGCGGAUCAAGAAUAUCAUGAUAGUAUUCUAUCAACUUCCUUUUGUCAUCAAUCACAGACGGAUUCUAGUCUUGAUUCGAUUAGACCGGGUACUUUUGUACCCCUGCAAAAGGAUAGACAAACUUGUCGAUAUAUCGAAUAUAUGGGUGAUCCAGAACUACAACCGAUUCGAACGAAUGAGUGUGCUUUUCUCGUUAGAAGCUUAUACAAAUUGUGCUGUUACAUCAAUUUUAAGUAUCGACGUGAGAUCGUUGGACUGUACAGCAGACAGAGCUUCCUAGGUAGUAUCUUUCGGCAAUUGAUUACACCGCCUGUCACAGUCAGAAAGUUACCGAAACGCAUGCCUGGCGGAUUUACCAGCGGCUGCGAGGAGCGACUGCCACCUCGAUUGAGCUUGCGACCCUUGGCCAGUUAUUCAUUCGUUGUCAGUGUGUUAUGCAGCAUAUUCGUCGCAUGGCUUACCAAUUAUGGUCCUGUCAAGUUCCUAGGAUUUGCAAUCUGGGUGUGGAUUAUGUACAUAGUCAUGCGUGCCACGUUGCAUCAUUAUUUUCCAUCUGAUAUAAAUUCCUUCCGACCAAAUUCAACUGCGUUUUCUAUUAGCCGAUGAUAUUUUUUUUUUUAAUGACUAAUAAGUUACAAUUUUGUGUAAGUUGUUAUAAGUAAUAUAUUAGGAUAUUAUAGUCGUAUAAAAAUAUAUAUAAU